CCUCGAUCAGUCCGCUGGGCGCGGGGUUGGGAGGCUAACCGCCCUGCUGGCCGGGUUCUUCCCCUGCAUCCGCAACGUAGCUGUUCAGGCGCUCCCUUUAGGUCUCUUCUUACAGGAGCUCCUAGGUACCGCCACACACGCGGUACGCGUCCCUGGUCAGGAGUCCUUUUUCAGUUUUUAAAGCAACAGCCCUGACGAGGACCAGGAGAUAAUCUAGGUGAUGUCUUCCCCCAGACUCAUUCCCGUAUGGAAGGAUUUCAAAUACCUCAUCAGUGAUACCAUAAAUAAAAGCAAGCAAACUGCAGAGGAUCCAAAAAGUGAUCUAGUUGUGCUGAGUGACCGGUCCCAAAUACUGUUCAAAGAGUCACGCUAUCCUCAAAAUAUGCCGCUUAUAUGCUAUUACUUCAGUGAUGCCUACUUCUUCGCCUCCCUCUCGUGGGUGACACCAAUCACAAAAGAAAUACAGGCUGUAGUGUGGAUGAAGAGCAAAACUGAGGACAUGGUUGAGAAGAGAGUAUUCUCCAUGUCUGAGCGACUGCCACCCAUCCAGUCUAUGGUCCACACAGGUUCCUUUCAUAUCCUCGUGACCUACUGUGGUGACCUGUUUCUGAGGCUCUUUGGGGACCACUUUCGGGCUUUCAAACCCCUGGGUGUAGUGCCGUGCCGCUUCCACAUCAGCUGCCUCUGCUAUGACCCAGAAAUGAAGAUGCUCCUGUCUGGCCUCCUUGGGGCAGUGGUCACCUGGGUCAUUGAGCGAAAUGGCAAGGGCCUCCAAAUGGCCCACAUGGUUUCCAUGUCUGGUGAUGAGCUUGUCCAGGACAUUAUAGUGAAUGGUCCCAAUGGCUCCCUCCUAGCCUUGUGCGAGACUGUGGUGAGGGUUCUUGAGCGUCAGGGCCAGGGCCAGCUGGCCGAGGUGAAGAGAUUCAUUUCUACCAUCAGCGGCUCCUCUAUCACCUGCUGUUUUACUUGUUUUGAUCAGGGCUUUCUCUAUGCUGGAAAUGGAACUGGGGAAAUCCAGGUUUGGAGCCUCAAUCGGGGCCAGCCCCUCCACUCUUUCAAGGGCCACUCCUUAACAGUUCUAUGUAUCCGCAGUCGGCCAGAGGCCCACACCCUGCUAACAGCUGGCAGGGAAGGCUUAAUCAAGGAGUGGAACCUAACUUCAGGGAACCUGCUUCGACGGCUGGAACUGGGAGAGGAACUCUACCGACUUGAGUUCAUUGACAACAUAACUUUCUUCUGCCAAACUAUUCAUAGCUUUUCCUUACGCCGUCUGCCCUGCUUCUAUAGCCUCUUCAACGUCUGUGGUUCUGCUCCCCAGCAUGUGCGUCGGAUCCGCUGUGGAGAUAACUGGUUCCGGAUCCUGUGCGCUAGCGAGGAUGGCUUGUUACACUUUGUGUCCCCGAUAACAGGGAAUCUUCUGAUCAUCACCUGGCCUUUCUCAAUCCUGGACCAGGCUGUGGAUUGGGCCUAUGACCCAGUUAAAGAGGAGCUCUUUGUGGCAACAGGCAGUUCAGAAGUGAUGGUAUAUGACACAACCCGCUCUCCUUGCCCAGCCAAGUAUCUCAUAUGCACCUCGCCAGAUUCUCAGGACUUUGUACAGUGCCUCGCUUAUGGGCAUUUCCACCUGGGUCGGGGUCUAGAAGGACUGAUGUUCUCUGGGCACCAGAGUGGCAUCAUAAGAGUGCUUUCUCAACACAGCUGUGCCCGAAUAGAGACACUUGUGCACUUUGGGGCUGUACUGGCACUCUCUACACUGCCUGGAGGGCUUUUUGGUAGCCGAGAAAACUCUUUUCUCUGUUCCUACGGGAUGGAUGACUAUGUACGCCUGUCAGAAGCUGUGUUUGAGGGGGUGAGAGUACGUCUACGGCCUCUUGCCAGUAUUCUCAGCAGCUGUCACCUGAAACACCUGAUACUCUUACCCAAGUCCGUGAGUGCCAUCACGGACACUAAUUGCCUGCGUCUCUGGAAGUUCCAUGAUUUUCUGACCUCUAUGACACAAGGCUCCAAGUAUAUAGAGUCAUUGCCCCUGCACCAGUGUGCCAUCACAUCCUUUGAUGUCUGCCUGUCUUUGAAUCUUUUUGUCACAGGUGCUAUUGAUGGCUCUGUUCGGCUCUGGGACUUCCAUGGUAGACUCAUAGCCAUGCUGGACUCAUCAUUGCACUUUGGCCCGCUCUGCUUUGCAAAUGAUCGGGGUGACCUACUUGUGACUUUCAACCAGAGUCUUUAUCUGGUCUCCUGUUUAAAGCUCCUUCCCCCACCCCUGCUGGCUCGCCUUUCCUUUAUGAGCAUAGCAGACGAAGUACUAGAAGUCCCUAAACCUUUUACACCAGGCUUCUUCUUCUCCUUUGAGACAAUGUUUGUUCCCAAAUAUGUCUACCUUGGACAAGGGAAACAGCAAUUAGUGGGUCUGGAGAAACUUAUUAAUAAGCGGGCCAUUGCCUUUGACCACUCUGUGCCACAUGUUAUAGAAGAAGAUGAGGAAGGGAACCCUGUGAUACUGGGUACCCCCAUACGUGACAUUUUCCUGGGAGAUGAAACCGAUAAGAUACAGAAGAAAAAACGUCAGUAUCCAAGUUACGUGGUUCCUCCCCAGCUACAGCUGACUAACUGGGAUGGACUCAACCCCUAUCAGAUAUUGCGUUGCUAUUUUGGUCAUGGGCGAGAAUGGUUUUUUGCCCCUGAUUGCUACAUACCCAACUCAGUGAUUCGUGCCCGUCUUUGGCCAGAGGGCAGCCCUAUAUACCUACAUUGCAACCUGCACCCACCCCAGCGGGCUCUGGAAUGGGAUAAUUUUCAGCAGUUCUUCUUCUGGCACAGUAGGACAAGAGCCUUGAGUGAAGUAGAACAUCGAGAACAGAAGGAGGAUGAACACUUUAUAGAAAUGAGACUGUCCAAGGAUAUAACUUAUAGUGUCCUUACAAAUACAACAAACCGCAACUGGCUGGGAAGGAAGAUGAGUGAAAUAACUAUUAAUAGCUUGAUUGAGACAAUCCUCAAUAUUAUGAUCCAUGCUCCUCCCUUGAAGUACCAAUGUUGUAUUGGUGCACUAGGACAAAUUUUUGCCUCUUAUCAGGUAUCUCCAGCCCUGCGCGCUGAGACAGCCCAUCGCUUGCUGGAUGAUACAACCAAUUCCAACCCACUGAUCCGAGAACUAGCCUGGGAAGGGCUGAAGCGUCUAGGAAUGAUUACUCAUCUCUUUGCCAUGCCUUUGGCCCAAGGAUUAAUGGACAAAGACCAAAGAGUGAGGAAUAAGGCCCUGAGUCUCAUGGCUGAUACUGGAAUCCACUCUAAGACCUCACUCUUAAACUUGAUCCAGAAACGAGAUAUUUUCCGGGAGAUCCAGCAGGAGAUGAUUGGGGAGGAAUCCCUGGACCAUCUCCUAGGAAUGAGGCCCACAGAUCUACAGAUCCUUUACACUCAAGUGGAGCAGAGAUUGAAUGAAAACCUGACCUUGUCAGAAGGAGACGAAAAGCCUGCUUUUUCUUUAUAUGUCCCAAGGGAUUCCAAAACCCAGUCCCUUUCUGAACAACCUCUUGAAGAAUAUGAAGUGGCCACCAAACCCAGCAAAGGCCAAAAACGGGGCCGAACAGGAGGAAAAAAGCAUGCCCGAAAAUGGUUGCGAGGUCUAAAGAAGAUCAAAGAGGGAGACUCUAAACAGAUUAGCACAGAGCCAGUUCCCUUAGAGGGUGAGAUUGAUCAGAGUGAAGCUGUACCAAUUGAAACGGAGGAUACACUUGUCUAUUCUAGAAAGUCUUCAGUCACCAGUACAGUAAGAGUCUCAAAAGAUCUUGAACCUAAAGAGAUAGAGGUCUCAAAGGAUCAAAUUGUGUUGACCAUGAAGAUGCUGAGAAAAAUGCAUGAUAAGAGAGGCAAGAAAGCAACACCUCAGAAACCUGUAAAGGGGCACAAGAAGAAAAAAAAAGAAGCCGAAGUUAUAACUGAGGAACCUCCACCUUCUGUAACAGGAGAACCAAUGAUUAAAAAAGUUAAAACUCGUGGGCGGGGUGCCUUUGGAGUGCCUGGCCACAGGACUACCCCUGGAGAUGGUUCAUCAUGGCGGGAUGAUCUAUGUCGUCUUCUGACCCUGAGGAUAUCUGGUUCUCAAACAGAAAUGUCAGAAGCUCUAAACAUUGAGCUAGUGACUUUGGCUCAGGAGAUGCUGGUAGAUAGGCGCCCGAGCUGGGAACUCUUUCGGGAGAUCUGUCCUCUGCUGAAGGAAGAGAAAAAAGUUCUGUUUGAAGACCUUGACUGGGAUGUAGCCUGGUCAGAGGAGAAACCAGUUUUUAUACAGGAAGAAAUCACUAGAAAGGACAUAGUGAUCACAGAUGAAGAAGAGCUACCACAGGAGAAAGAGCAAGUGCAAAAAGGAGCUGAGGAUGUUCAGGACUUGGAGGAAACCCAGGUGAUUCCAAAAAAGGGCAAGAAAAAGAAAGGUACUAUUUUAGAACCAGGCGACUUAGCCAAGGGAAAACAAAAAUCUAAGAAAGAAGAAAAGAAAUCCUUUAAAAAGGUGUCUAAGCAAGAGAGGAAAGCAGUGCAGCCAGAGGAAAAAGUGGAUAUAAAAGAGAGGGAUGUGACCAAAGAAGAGAGAGAGAUGAGUGAGAAAGAGGAAGAAAUAGUCAACCUGGAGGAGGAGCAAAAAGAAAGACCAGAUGUGGUUGAGAGGAAGUUGUCUUGGGAGGAGUGGAAGAGGUCCUGGGACCAGUGGAAACAGGCUAAUAAUGAGAGAAAGGUAUCCUGGAAUGAAUGGAAGCAAGCUUGGGACAGGAGCCAUUUUCAGAAAGAGGAGGCACUAUGCCAGCAUGGAGAGAAGUUACUCCCAGAUAAGAAAACAUUGGAGGAUGAUGAGGGGAAACUGAAAUGGGAUGAGUGGAAACAGCUCUGGGAAGAUAUAUUGACAUCCAGGCACAUGGAUAAGGAAGAACUGACUCCAGAAGAAGAAGAAGGAGAAGGAAAAGAAGAAGAAGAACAAGAAGAAGAAGAACAAGAAGAAAAAGAAGAGGAGGAAGAGGAGGAGGAGGAGCAGAUCCAGAAAGAACAUAAACAGGCCAAGAUACAGAGGAAACAUGCCCGAGCUGAAAGAAAACUAGCUAAAGAAAAGAGAAAACUAGCACAACAAGAAGAAAAACUUGCUCAAGAAGAGAGAAAACUGGCCCAGGAAGAGGAAAAACUGGCCCAAACGUGUAUGGAAAUGGUUCAGGGAGAUGGUGAAAUGGCCCAGACAGAGAGGGAAUUCGCCCAGAAAGAGGGAAAACUGGCCAAAAGAGAAGAUCAGCUAGGCAAAGAAAUAGUGAAAUUGACUCAGAAAUGGAAGAAAUUGGCCAAGAAAAUGGAGAAAGAAGCUCAAGAAGAAGAGAAAUUAGUAAAUAAAGGGGGGAAAUUGGCUGAGGUAAAAAAGGUAUUUGCCAAGCAGUUGGAAAAAUUGACCCAGAAAGAGCAAGAUCUGGCAUGUCGAGAACAAGAGAUGGCUGAGGAAUUGGAGAAUCUGAUGUGGGACAUAAGGGAUUUGUCUUGGAAAAAAGAGGAACUGGAUCUUCAAGAGGAGAAACUCCAUGAGGAAAAGGAGGACCUGGCUCAGCAAGAGAAGAUACUGGCCAGUCAAGAGGAAAAGCUGGCUAUGGAAGAGAAAAAACUGGCCCUGGAAGAAGAGCUGCUCAACCAAGAAGAGAAGAAACUAGCCCAGGAUAAGGAAAAAACGCCCGAGGAAGAACAAAGACUGGCCCAAAAACGGGAGAAACUGAUAGAGAAAAAGAAGAAACUGGCCCAGGAAAGAAGAAAACUAGUCCAGGCCAAGGAAGAACUUAUACAGAAGAAGAGGAUCCUGGCCCAGAAGGAAGAUAAUCUGGCUCAGGAAAAAAAAUAUCUGGCUCAGGAGCAGGAAAAAAUGGCUGAGAGAAAAGAGGCUCUCCUCUACAUCAAAGAAAAACUCAAUCAGAGCAGACAGGAAUUAGUCCAAGUAAAGGAGAAACUGGAGAUGUAUAAGAAGAAACUGGAUCAGGUAGAGGAGAAAUUGAAUCAGGAAAAGGAGAUAGUGGCCCAGAAGAAGGAGCAUCUGGCUUAUCUACAGGAAAGUUUGGCCCAAAUAGAACAACAACUGGCUAAAAAACAGGAGAAAUUGGCCAAGGGAAAAAUGAAAUUAUUUAAGAAGAAGAAGACAAUGUUCCAAGAGAGGAAAUUGAUCAGAGAAGAGUCAGAUAUUGCUAAGGAAGAAAAGGCAUUGAAGAUGGAAAUGAAGAAACUGGCCCAAGAGAAAAUGAGACUGGCUGAGGAAAAGAAAACUCUCUUCAAAGGAGAGACUCGAGAAACCCUAAGACAGAAAGAAGCAUCUAAGGACAAAACAGAACUAAUGAAGAAGAAAUUGGCAAUAGAGGAGAAGGUACUGGCAUAUGAAGAUAGGAUACUGGCCUCAGAGAAAAGGAACAUUGCCAAAGGAAAUCUGGAGGUUACUACAGGUCAGAGAAUAUGUGCCCAGGAAGAAAGGAAGUUAGCCAGAGCAAUGAGGAAGCUAUCUUUGGAAAAGAAGGGCAUUUUCAAGGAACCAAAAAAAGCAAGCAAAGUCUUAAGGGCACUUCAAAAAUUAGCCAGUGAGGAAAGGAGACUAAUUCAAGAAGAAAUAAAGAUGACAAAGAGGAAGAGGGCACUCGUUGUUGAGGAGAGCAGAUUGAACAAGGAAGAGAAUUUACUUGAUCUCAAAGAGUGGGAUCUUUCUAAGGAACAAUCGGAAAUGACCAAAGAUGAGAAAGAACUGGCCCAAAAGCAGAGAAAACUGGCCAAGGAAAUGAAAAGAAUGAUUAAAAAAGAGAGAAAAAUGUCAGAGGAAGAAAGCAGAUUAGCCAGAGAAGAGCAAGCAUUCAUACAGGCUGAAGAGGAGGAAGAAGCAACAGAGGAAGAAGAGGUCAUUUCAUUCCUUAAACGAAGGCAAGGAAAGAGAAAACCGCCAGAGAGUAUUGAUACAUCAAAAGAAGAGUUUUCCAGUCAAGUAGAUGAAAUGGAAAGUGAAGAGAGCUUUUCUGAGUUAAUGGAAAGCCUGAUAGAUCAAGUAGAAGAGAGUUCACUCGAAGAGGAAGAGGAGGAAGAAGAGGAGGAGGAAGAAGAGGAAGAAGAGGAAGAAGAGGGAGAAGAGGAAGAAGAGGAGGAAGAGGAGGAAGAAGAGGAGGAGGAGGAGAAGGAAAAGGAGCAAGAAGAGAAGAGGAAAAAGAAGAUGCAAAAGGAGAUGGAGGAGGAGAAGGAAGAGGGAGUUUUUGAGGAGAAAGAAGAAAGCGUGAGUGACAAAGAGAUGGAAAGUUUGAGUGAGAAGGAAGAGGAGGAAGAAUAUGAGGAGAAGGAGGAGGAGGAAGAGGAGGAGAGAAGCUCAUUGGAAGAAGAGGUAGACAAGGAAAAAGAGAUAUUAAAAAGAGAAAAACUUCUGAGGUUGCAAGAAGAAAGAGGUAAGUUUCUCCUAAGAGAGAAAACAGUCCUUUCCAUUGAAAAAAGAGUCCCUCAGGUCAAAGACAGUGGUAUAAAACUAAGAGUUCUGGAAAGUCCUUCCAAGGAACUGAUAUCAAUAGCACCAGAAAUGGAAGAGAAAAUACCACUGCCAGUGUUGGAGGAACAACUAUCCUGGGAAGAUGAGGCCACAAUACUUAAGACACCCAGGAAAUUAUCAGAGACAAGGUUUGUGGCUAAAGAAGAACAGUUAGAGGAAUAUAAGUAUAUACCUCUACAUGUUUUCGAUACGGUUUUGAAGUCCCAAGAGCAGGACUUAAAGACCCCAUUCAUGCCUCACACAUUUAGGAAGAUCAUGGAGGCUCAGAAACUCCAACACAAACUACCAAGUGCCAGGUGGACGUGGUUUUUACAGCAUCAUCCAUCUCUGAUGAGAGAUGAGGUAGAGAUACCACUAUCUCAAAUCCUGGCUGAGGAACGAUAUCCAGAGGUAAGCCUCUCAGAAGUAGAGUGGCUCCACCAUAUGCUAGAACGGAUGGAAGCGGGAGAACAGCUUUCCAGAGAGAGUUUCCACAGAUUGUGUCAGCUCCUCAGAGACUUCUCAAAGGGAAACUUAGAGUGGCUGCAUAUAGCCAAACUUCAAGCUAUUGCGUACCGUCACAGGCAGGCACUGGAAUCCCAAAGCACAAGGAUCUCAAAACCUGAUGAGUCCAUAAGUCCAAAAUACUUGAAAGUGAUUCCUCCUAUAAGAGGAAAGGAAAAAGAGAGUUGGCUGAAACCUUUGGAUGUCCCAACACUAAAGUCCCCUUUAGGUACCAAGAGAAUUCCUGACCCAAAGGCUAUGAAUUGGCAUCUCCUAGGAGAACCGUAUAGAAGUAGGCGGGCACAACAGAUAUCCUCUGUUCUCAAAGAGAUGGAGAUGCAACACGUUUAUCCUGUGACAAGAGACAUUUUUCCCAGUGCUCAUGCCUCUGUGGAAAAACAAACCGUGGCACUGAUGUUUCAAAAGGAUCUCAGGGAUUUUAAGGAUAAGGGCAGGUUUCCCAAAUUACCCAAAUUGGAGAAGAAGACACAACCCAUCUCCAAAAAAAGGGAAGAGGUGCCUUUAUGGGAGACCUUUGUGGCACUGUACCAUGUUUUGCGGAUGCUGCAGCAGCGAUAUGCAAAAGACAGAGCUGCUUGGAUGGAACAGUUCUACCGGAUCGUAGACCUAUACCAGCUUAAGUCCCCCCGGAUCCAGAGGCUACUACAGGAGCUGCUACUGAAAGAGGAUCCUCAACCCCAAGAGAUCACCUACAAAGAGGCCCUAAAGUCCACAGAGCUAGUUCCUGGGGAGCGGCUCUUAUACCACCUGUUUUGUGGUAGUUCUCAUACUGCUAGAAGCCCUCCGGAGUUCCAGCAUGUGGUACCCCUCCCUGAGCAGAAUAAUGUGCGUACCAUCCUUCCUAUGGGCAUUGCCCAGUACGGGAUCUUAGAACUUGCUUGGAAGAGCUUACCCCAAGCUGACAUUCACCUCACCAAGGAACUGCCCCACGUCGUUUCUCCCACUCCCUAAUUUGGAACCGACUGGAACUCUGGAUUAUUCAUUCCUAAGUGCAGAAAGGCCUGGCCACCAGAAUCUAGACCUUCAGUUUUAUGGCCCACACAGAGGCAGGGCCAGGUCAAAGUACUUUCCUCACCCAGUUCUGGAAGCCAGUUUCUAUAUGUGGAAUAAAGAGGAGAUAUUUAUUUGCA